ACAUAACCAAGCCUAUUCCCCACUCUGGCAAGCGUUCAAGAGAACAUUGACAAGGCUGCUCUCCUCUGCCAGCCGGUGGAGCCAGGGGAGGUUGGAGCUCAGAGGACGACCGCCUCGGCCGUCCACACUUGGCAUGAGGCAGAGACCGGGGUCCUGGGCCAGAGGGCCUCCGGGAAUGGCUGAGGGCAAGCUAGAGGUCCUGGAGAAGUUCUUUCAGCCUCCUUGGGCCUGGGAACAGGCGUCCUCAUGGAGCUCAGCGUCCCCCUCCCCCGCCUCCUCAGGCCACCUCCCCCAGCUGGGCAGGGGGCCGGUGAUCGGCGGCCGGGGCCCGGGGGAGAGGCUGAGGUUUUCCGCCUUCCUAGAUGAGGUGACACAGAGGGUGCUGAGUCCUGCCCAGCUCCGGGCUCUGGGAUGGAGGGGUGCCCUGGACCAACGUAGACACUCUCCUCCCCCAGGAAGCCAGCUGGUGUUUCCCGAGGACCAGCUCUCUGAGACACAGACACAGACGCAGCCAGAGUCAGUGGAGCCCCGAGGGGGCUCCUUGGACACAAGAUCUACAGGGGAAGAUGGAGAUGGGGACCCCAAGUUCGACCUGGAGCAGGUGUGGGAGGAGCUGAUGACCUUGAAGGAACAGUUCCUGAGGCUGCAGGAGGACCUGGCCAGCACCCGCAGGGCCCACCAAGUGCUGGAGGAGAAGCUGCAAAGCCUGGUGUCUAGGUUGGCCUCCAGCCCCCCGGGACCCCCUGUGUUCCUUCUCCUGAACGAGGCUCCCAGCUGCUCCUUGGACUCCUCCAUGCCCUGGGCGAGCCCAGAGUUGAGGGAGGGGGGGUAGUGUGGGGGUUCUGGGUUCAACCAUGGGGGAAGAUCUCCAUCCCCGUGAGGGGACUGCACCUCAGGCUCCCCUGCUCCACCCUUCUUAAUGUCAGCAAUAAAGCCCUAGCC